CUACAGACUAUUCACCCUUUCCUUGUUCUUGUAAUUUGUCAUGUGUAAAUAUCGUUCACCCAGCAGCCUAGCGGGAUCAUCGUCUGUAAUAUCAGCAAGCCACAGUGGUAGCAACAACAGCGGAAAACACGAUUUAGGCACUCGCAACACCUGUGAGGUCCCAGGCUGUGGCCGAGUCCCUCGAAAGUCUUCCAAUUCUUCCCGAGCCAGGUUCUGCACUCGACACGGUGGUGGUCGGCCAUGUCAAUACCCGGGUUGCCAAGUGGCGGCUCGAGGCCUUCUAGGCUUCUGUUACCGUCAUCGUCAUUAUGCUAAUAGCUCUGCUUAUGGUAACGGGGUAGAUGGCAAGGUUAUGCCAAGUCCGACACCAGAAGCUACCGAGGAUGAGGUUAGGGCCUCUCGAUUGGAGACCUACGUUCCUGUUCCAAGUUGCGUUGACUCCGCGGAGUUGACUGCUCUCACUUAUAUAGCAUCUACGCUGAAGGCAAGCCAAGCCGCAGCUUCUACUACUGAUGAUGAUAGUGAGCCGUGUAAUGCCGCUACAACACUAAUGGCCAUUGAAGAUACUACCACGGCAGGCAGCAAUGCCUCCCCGUUGGCGACCCCUACAUCGUCUCACUCGAUAUCGAGCUCGCAAAGCCCUAUCCUCACUAGUGGUCAGCGGGCUUUGAUCGAAACUCCGACAUCUCUGGUCACUACCACCAGUAGAGCUACUGAGGCGGCAUUCGCGGCUCAUUCCAGUGCGGCGUGUGAUAUAGAUGAACUGUUCUCAAUUCCGACAAUACCAUUCACCAUCUGCAAGCCGGCAUUAGCUGCUGCUUGUGGCCCGUUGGGUGAGGCUCCCUGUCCUAUGGAUAUUCAAAGAGAGGAGGCCGUCAUGGCAAGAUGUCAGUGAUCAUAAAGACUAUUAUACGAUGUGUGAAUACUAUUAAUCAUUCAGGACCUUGUGCUGUUCU